AUGGCGGGCGCGCAUCCGGAGAGUGUGAUGAUCACCGGCGCCGGUCGAGGUCUCGGCCUCGGCUUCGUCCGCGAAUUUCUGAAGCUGCCCGGCGUCCAGCACUGCUUCGCCACCGUUCGCGACAAGUCACGCGCCACCGAGCUGAACGCGCUGGCGUCGUCGGACGCUCGGCUGACGAUCGUCGAGAUGGACGUGCAGAAGGACGACACUAUUGCCAGGGCUUUCGACCAGAUAAAAACUUGCGUGGGCGAUGGUGGCCUUUCCCUCCUCAUCCACAACGCCGGCGUGCUCAUCAACUAUCCGAUCGAAGAACCUUCGGAUCGUGGGCGUCUCCGCGAGAUUCUCGACAUCAACACCGUCGCCCCGUUGGUCAUCACCCAGAAAUUCCUUCCGCUUCUCAGAUGCGCCGCGGAUCGAGUGAAGAAGCAUAAUCCCUCAUUUGGCUGCGCCCGCUCGGCGGUCAUCUUCAUCAAUUCGGCCACCGGAUCGCUGGCCGACAAUAAGAUGGGCAGCCGCAUCGGCGAAUUCCACACGAUCGGCAGCAGAAUGAGCAAGGCCGCCCAGAACCAGGUGAUGCGCACGCUGGCCGUCGACCUGCGCCCCGACGGCAUUCUGUGCUGCUCGCUGGUGCCCGGUUGGGUGAAAACGGAUAUGGGUGGAGAUGGCGCCAUCACGACGGUCGAGGAGGCGUGCACAGAGAUGGUGGCGACGAUGCUGAAGAUUGACGAAUCACACACGGGCGCAUAUCUGCGGCGCAACGGCCAACAAUUCCCUUUU